CUGUUUCCUGUUGCGUCACUCCAUUCUGCCGUCUUUCUGUCAUCUUUGCUCCCAAAGAUUGUUCUCCACAGAGCGUCGUCGUGUGGCAGCAGGUCGCCACACUUUACUUUUUUCCUACUACAUUACAGGCUGCAGGAUGGCGAAUAAGAAGCUGCUGGUGGACGUGGACUGCGGCGUGGAUGAUGCUCAAGCCAUCAUGCUGGCGCUGGCGGCUCCAAACGUGCAGCUCCUGGCCAUCACUUGUGUUCACGGGAACACCUCAGUGGAGAACGUGUGUAAAAACUCACUGCGUGUUCUGCAGGCCUGCGACAGACUAGAGCAAGGAGCUGUUCCCGCCAUGAUCAGGAUAGUGAAUGAAAACCCAGGAGAGGUGUCUCUGGUUGCCACGGGUCCCCUGACUAACUUGGCUCUGGCUGUGAGGUUGGACCCGUCUCUGCCGAGCAAACUGCGAGGGCUCUACAUCAUGGGGGGCAACACGGAGUCUCGAGGAAAUACAAGAGUAUGUGGCGAGUUUAACUUCAUUGCUGAUCCUGAAGCUGCAUACAUCGUCCUGAAGGAUUAUCAGUGUCCCACAUACUUGGCCUGCUGGGAGUUUACCUGCUACAACAAGCUAUCCUGGGACUUCUGUGAGACCUGGUUGGCUCAGGACAGCCACAAAGCUCGCUUCAUGGAGACCAUCUUCCGCCACAGCAUCCAGGCAUCCCAAAGCAAAAGCUUUGAGAAGGUGUUUUUCGCCGGUACGGGCCUCACUUCCUGUGACUCCUACGCCAUGGCGGCCGCUGUGGAUGAUUCCUUCGUCAUUGAGAGCGACUGUUACCCCGUCAGCGUGGAGCUGACAGGAACUCACACCAGAGGCAUGAUGGUGGUGGACACGCUGGGCUUUCUGAAGAAGAGCCACACGGCUUUUAUCAUGAAGAAGGUGGACAUGGAGAAGUUCAAGCAGAUGAUGAUGGCUGCUCUGAAAUAACAGCUGAAGUUCAGGCUAAAGGUUUGAUGUGUUAGGAAACCGCGCCUGGACAGAUUGACCAGGUCAUCAAAUUCUUACUGUAUUUUCCAAACACUAUGAGGCACUAUUUUGUUAAUACCCUUACGCGGCUAACAUGUUACUGUGUCAGAGUGUGUGUGUGUUUUUUUAUGUUACUUAAAAGUUGGAAGUUAGCUAAUUACAAUAGGCCUUACUUUUUUGUGUUUUUUUAUAGGUUGCAAUUAAGGUUGAGAGUUGCAGGUAUUGUGAAUACGCUAAUGUGGCUAACACUUCUAACAAGGCUAACGUGUUACAAAAGUUCCAGAGUUACUGUGAACGCAGUUAAUAAAGUCUGACUAAAGGACUUU